AUGAGAGCGAAUACCGAUGCGGCUACAGAGGCCUUCCGGAUGGCACAGGAAGCAAGUCGGCGAAUUGAGGCACAAUUGUCGAUCAUGGAAGAGAGCUUCCGACGACGAAAUAGACAAGAUCCAUACUCCACUGAAGACACCAGGAGCAUGGCCGAUGGCGACUUCAGGAGCACCGAGCUGAACCGACAGGAGACCGAGUCGGAGGAGAGAAGGCGAGCGGAAGAAGACGUCAGUCGAGCCCUCGAGGAGCGCAGCAGAGCCAUCAUCGAGGCGGAUAGGGCUAGGCAGGAGGAGGACGACGCUCUUCAAGCUCUCCGUGGCGCGGAGGUCACUGCUUCUGGUGCUCGUAUCGAACAGCAGAUGGCGGAGGUCAACUUGCGCAAGGGCAUCCGCCCUAAAAAUGCGACGGCGGCUUUGAAAAAGGCAGAAGACAUGACGCGCGAGCAGGACCAGCUCAUACGGCAAGUGAAUGAGGCAAGGCGACGCGCGGACGAGGCGAGACAAUUCGCAGAGGAGCGUACGAAAGAGCUGCGCGAAUCUAUGCGCGAGCUGCAGGAGGAUGCAAAGAAGGCCAGAGAGGAACGCGCAGAGGCCGAGGCCGAGGCGAGGAAAGCACGGGAGAAUGAGCGAGAAGCGCGGCGCGCACAAGAGGAAGCCGAGAAAGCGGCGACGGCAGCGCGUGAGGCGAGAGAGGAGGUGGAAAGGCAGUUGCGCGAGGGCAUACGGCCGAUGCUCGUCCCUACCCAGGCGCAGUACGAGGCGACCAAGCAAAGACUGGGCUACCGGCCUGGCUUCUUCCACUUUGCAGUUGCCGGCAUUGCUGGCAGCGGCAAGUCGUCGCUCAUCAAUGCCCUCCGUGGUCUUCGUAACAAGGACAGAGGUGCCGCACCCACAGGCGUCGUGGAGACGACAUCCGAUGUCGUUCGCUAUCCUGACCCGAGCGCUGACAUGCCCUAUGUCUGGUACGACGUUCCGGGCGCCGGGACGCUGAACAUUCCCGACUGGCAGUACUUCACCGAGCAAGGAUUGUACAUCUUCAACUGCAUCAUCGUCAUCUUCGACAACCGCUUCACAGCCACCGAUAUCGCCAUCCUCCGCAACUGCGUGCGAUUCCAGAUUCCAGCCUUCAUCGUGCGCUCGAAGUCGGGCCAGCACAUCCAGAACCUCGCUAACGACAUUGGGAGUGGUGAUGACGACGACGACGAUGACGACGACGACGAUGACGACGACGAGGAUCCAGAAGGCAAACUGAAGCGCAUGGCGAGGGCGCGCGAUCGCUAUCUUCGGGACACUCGUGCGAGUGUUGCGCGAAACCUGGAGGAGGCGGGCCUGCUUGCGCAGCGGGUGUACGUGGUCGAUAAGGACGCCUUGGUGAAAGUGGUCAAAGGGAGGAAGUCUCACGAAUGCAUCGAUGAAGAGGACUUGCUCAGAGACAUGUUUGCGCUUGCAGACACUAAUGGGGACUCAUAG